GAAGGCAUGGCAUUCAUGGUCUGUCUGGACGCUGCCCCAUUUCUUCCUCCUUUCCUCCUCCCCAUCCAUUCCGAAACCAACGGCAACCAUUAGCUCCGAGCCCGUAUUCGAGUAACCCCACGACGUAUCGGAGGACCCUAAGGUGGCCGAUUCCCAAAAAAAACGCCUCACAAAAAUUAAGAAAAUUCCCAAACAAAGGCGUUGUAAAUAUAAACUUUCUCUCUCUCUUCUCCUCGUCUCUUCUCUGGUACGAGAAUAAUAGAGAGCCGCUCCUUUGUCCGCCGUCUCGCUCUCUCUCGUCGGACGCCGAUAGGGAUCGGAGAAGACAUCGGAGCCUCGAUUCGGAUCGCCUGAUGUGGAACUUUGAUUUCCCUGUGUUCUUUUUGUUGGAAUCUCUCUUCGCAUUGUCAACACUGAUGUGAAAAGAUUUUGCUGAGAGAAUCAUAAUCCUAUUAUGGAGAGCUGUUAUGAUCCAAUUGCCGAGGUCGAUCCAUAUAAACAUGGUCGGAAGAUCAUCAUGCACUCCCUCUACCUUCCCAAGUUAUCACCUUGGUUUGAUCUGAGGGUCUUCUACGUGAGAGUGAGCAAUUGUGAGGUCAAUGAAUCAACUCCUGAGCAUCUUACUCUUAACCACGUCCCACUUACUCCCAACACCAUCCUUGAAGUAAAUGGUCGAAGAAGUGGCAUUUAUUCCGAUUGUGCUUCUUCUUUGCUUAGGAGGGACAGGGUUGAUAAGAGAUCAGAAGAAGUGACAUUUGUGAGCACAGAUAGUAUAAGCAUGACUGGAAGUGUCAGAUUUGAGGUCUACAAUAGAGAUGCUCUGCUGCUUGCUGGAGUCUUGGAGUUGUGUGGUGGUGGCAAUGGUCUUACGGCAGAACCAAAGAACACUAGCAAGAAAUGGAACCUGAAAUGCCAGCCUGUAACGUGGGCUGGAUUAGGCUUUCUCAAGGGAAAACAUUCCUCGAGUUCAGAGAUGAUAUUGCCAACAAUUGAUGUAUAUGUUGCUGGUUGUUUCUUAGGUAGCCCCAUCAUCUUAACCAAGACUCUUCAGCUAGCCUUCCGGAAAAAGCAUCAGAUGAAGGUCGUGCUUGAUUCUAUUCCAGAACAUGAUCCAACUGAACUAAUGAAGAAUGCUUCAUCUGAGGAUACUUUUCAGUUAUCGGAAUAUGAAGGCUACCAACCAGAAAAUGAUUUGGAGGUUGGCUACAACAGCAUUUACUCCAGAGAUGAAUAUAUUGAAGGGGAAGAUGGGGAACUUUCAUGGUUCAAUGCUGGUGUGAGGGUGGGUGUGGGGAUUGGCCUUGGCAUCUGCCUUGGAAUUGGAGUCGGUGUUGGAUUGUUGGUUCGCACCUAUCAAGCCACCACCCGAAAUUUUAAAAGGCGACUCAUCUGAUCCUGUUCUGAAGAGUUACUGCCUCAACUAGUAUCAAUCACACCCAUUAGAACUUUUUGUUAUCGCCUCUCAUCCAUAAAGCAGCUAACCUGGUUUUGCUUCAAUGGCACCUUUUCAUGCUGUGAAAUUUUAGAAAGUAGGAACUUUCUGCUUGUUUUUGACACAGCUUUCCUUGCAUUUAUUAUGUGCUUCUGAAGCCUGUUUUGUUUAACAAUAAGGUCCAGGCAAUUCAGAUUCUGUGGCAGCAUAUGCAUUUUUGCUAAUAUCUCUUCCCUUUACAUAUAAAUCCCAUGGACCAGACCUGGGGUAUCAUAUUAAUUUAUUCAUUUAUUUUGAUUGGCUUUUGUUUA